AUGUCUAAAUAUAGACACACCGACGACGAUGCUGACGACUUCGACAUGAACGAUGACGGUGAAGAUCUCUUUGACGCAUGGGAAGAUGAAAUGGUAAUUCAAAAGACCAAAGAAGUAAAGGAAUACUUCAGUUCAAAUCCAAAUUAUGUCUAUGAGAAGAGUCUAGGGAACGGCGCAAAUGGUAUUGCUUGGCUAUGUUCCAGAGCUGGAGGUGCUGGACCACAGACACAAAAGUUCGUGAUGAAGCGUGCCAUGGACGAAGAGGCCGACGCCGGGCUCGAGACUGAAAUCCAAACCUUGGAACUCCUGACCGGAUCACCCCAUAAUCUACAGAUGGUCACAUUAGCAGAUCUGCUAGGCAGCAAAGAUUUUCCCAGCGGGCCGACGCUCAUCACCGAGUACCUGCCCAACGGCACCUUGGGCCGCCUAUUAGAGAGACUUAAUAAACGUGGAAGCACAGUACCAAAUCGCCUGUUGUGGAGAGUCUUCCUCUGUUUGAUAAAGGCAUGUAUUGCUUUAGCCCACCCUCCUCAGUGGCCAGGCAAUGACAAACUGCCCCCCGAAGUAUGGCCAGCCGGCACUGAUCCAACUGCGCACAUCUGCCACAGUGAUCUACACAUAGAAAACGUUGUAUUUGGCGAACUUGAUGGUAGCGAGCAUGACCUGGUGCCGAUAUUGAAAGUUAUCGAUUUCGGUUGCGCUGAUCGAUAUGACUUGAAAGAUGAACAACAGAAAAAAGAGUACGAGUCGUUGAAGAUUGAUCAUACAAACGUUUUCAGCAUGGGAUGCUGCAAAACCUUUGCUGGGGCUUUGUUCGAAAAGGGCAGCAGUCAGAUUACGAAUCCAAAGUUGGACUCGGACCUGGCUGUCUUGGUAGCAAGAUGUCUGUCCGACGAGGUAGCCACACAGCCGAAUCUGAGAAACAUGGCCAUAGGGACUGCUACUGCCAUCAGGGUCAGGACCGAGGCUCACUAUGUUGGGCGCCCGGAGGAAACUGAUGAGAGCAUUAGGCAAUUGCUCAAGGCAGUAAUGUUUGACGCAGAGACUAAAGAGGUGAAGCCAGCGACUGAAGAGGCGAAGCCAGAGACUGAAGAGGCAAAGCCAGAGUCUGAGGAGGUGAACCCAGCUUCGGAUACAGUAAUGGCAGACUCUGAACAAGGCGAUGGUUUGGGUAAAUCAAAAUGA